CUUCCCUCUCGUUGCACAUCUCGUGAAUCUGAAAUGGCAUCCUCAGUAGCACAAGGCUACUUUCCUUUGCUGCGUCCUAGCCACCCCCGACCGGAGUCCGCCUUCCUGACUCAACGCGGCCAGCCGGUGAUGCCGCUCUGAUGGCCGCUUCUCGCCGAAUGGCUCCCCCAGAGUGGCAACCUCACCAAGCACUGUACUGUGCAGGCGAGAGAACUGGCGGUCCGUUCAAUUCGGUGCCCGGCCCGACACACAUGACAAAAGGGCUUCGACCGGCUCGGACUUCAGUCCUGUCCGAUCCGGCGGCCUCGCGGAGCUUUUCUCGUCAUCAUCUGCUCUAUAUUAUGUCUUCGCAUGAUGGUCCAUCUUUGGUCCCAUGGCUAGAUCCGCAUUGUAUCAUGCUACCCAGCCGAGAGAGUUCGAAUGGCUGUCAUUCGUCAGCCCCUUUGCUCUCUUUAUCGACCUGCAGCGGCACCGCUUCGCAGCAGUAUCCGAGGGUUGAAUCUUCUGGCCUGCUCGGCCCUGCGCCUGGCAGUGAAUCUGCAAUGCCGUCCUAACCGGAUCGACAACCCUGCCAAGUAUCUCACCAC